CACCGAAUGACGAAGAAGCGGCGAGCACGCAGAGCCCCGCCCCCUGUGCGUUAGCAUCAUGGAUGUCGGUGGAUUGAAAUUCAGAUAUCAGUCAAACAGCAGUCUGCUGGUUGACUUCGGCUUCCAGGGACACUGUCCAUUUAACUAGACCAUAAAAAGAAGGUGGAGAAGAGAGCUGAACCUGAAGAUGAGGCGUCUGUCCAGAAAGAAGGCCCUGAGCCUGGUGAAGGAGCUGGACGCCUUCCCCAAAGUGUCAGAGAGCUAUGUGGAGACGUCAGCUUCAGGAGGAACAGUGUCACUUAUAGCUUUUAGCGCCAUGGCACUUUUGGCCGUCUUAGAGUUCUUUGUUUAUCGAGAUACUUGGAUGAAGUAUGAAUACGCAGUCGACAAGGAUUUUUCCAGUAAAUUGAGAAUAAACAUUGACAUUACAGUCGCCAUGAAAUGCCAGCAUGUGGGAGCAGAUAUCCUGGAUCUUGCUGAGACCAUGAUCACAUCCAGUGGCCUGCAGUAUGAGCCUGUUAUUUUUGAACUGACUCCACAACAAAGACUGUGGCAAAGGACGCUGCAUCUCAUACAGGGCAGGCUGAGGGAGGAACAUGCUCUACAAGAAGUCCUCUACAAAACUCUCCUCAAAGGAGCUCCUACUGCUCUGCCACCACGGGAAGAUGCCUCUACGGAGCCGCUCACUGCUUGCAGGAUACAUGGACAUGUUUAUGUCAACAAGGUGGCAGGAAACCUACACAUCACUGUGGGAAAACCUAUUCAUCAUCCUCAGGGCCAUGCACACAUUGCAGCUUUUGUGAGCCAUGAGACGUACAACUUCUCCCAUCGAAUAGACCAUUUAUCUUUUGGGGAGGAGAUUCCAGGCAUCAUUAAUCCUCUGGACGGCACGGAGAAAAUCACCUAUAACAAUAACCAGAUGUUCCAGUACUUCAUUACUGUGGUGCCCACUAAGCUCAACACAUACAAGAUAUCUGCAGACACACACCAGUUCUCUGUGACCGAGCGAGAGCGAGUCAUCAACCACGCAGCAGGCAGUCACGGCGUUUCUGGCAUCUUUGUCAAGUACGACACCAGCUCUUUGAUGGUGACCGUCAGCGAGCAGCACAUGCCGCUUUGGCAGUUCCUGGUGCGACUGUGUGGCAUAAUCGGAGGCAUAUUCUCCACGACAGGAAUGCUUCAUGGACUUGUUGGCUUCUGUUUUGACGUCGUUUGCUGUCGCUUCAAACUUGGAGUCUAUCGGCCCAGAGCGGAUGUGCAGCUCUACAACCAGGCGAACAACCUGAACCAUCACCAGACCCCUCUGCUGGCUGAUGAAGCCCCUCAGGAAUAGCUGCCUGUCAGUCAGUCAGCCAUCAUCAGACUCUCCUCAUCCUGCACUGUUUGAUGGUAAAGAAGCCACCAGACAAAUAAUGAACAAUUUCAGCGCUUACUCAUCCCAGUGGGACAGAUGGCUUAAUUCAGUCCAUCGAAUGAUAUUAGUGUUUAUUUAUUUUAUAACUGUUUGCACGCCCUCGCCUUCUCUCCUUGUGUCUUAGUUCCUCCCUCCUGAGAUGUGACAAUUACAGUAUUUAACAAAAUAUCAUUUGAAAGUGUUCUUGAAAAGUUUACUGUUUACUGUAAUUCAACUCACAACAUGCCGUAAUGUGACGAUUAGUGAGGGAUGUGUGGCUGUGAUGCAUUUUAAUUCCAUUUUAAAUACACACCAACCUCAAGAAUACAAAAAGAAAACCUGCAGUUGUUGAGUCUGCUUCCUGCUGUGUAAUGUGUCACGGGUGCCUCCUCUCUCGAGAUGCAUUUUAGGAAUUAAGACGACCUUCAAGGUGGCGCAGUACGGAAAACGGAGAAGAUGAGGAUGUGCAAACUACCAAAAUGAAAAGAGCUCUAUAGGUCAUGAAAUUGUGUUUACCUACUGAAAAAGGCAAAGCUGCCUAUGAAACACUGUGGCAUUCAUUUAACCCUCCUGUUGUCUUCAUUUACAGGCCAAAAAAUAUUGUUUCCUUGUCUGAAAAAAAUUCAGCAAAAAAAAAUCUCCAAAUUUCUGAAAAUUUGCAAAACCUUCAGGAAGAAAAUUCAAAUAUUAAAAGUUUUAUUUUAAAAAAUCCCCAAAAUUUGACAAGAAAAUUCUUGCAAAUAUUUUCAAAAAAUGAGGAAAAUCUUCCAAAAAAAUCCUUAAAAUAUCUAAAGUGAUUACAUAUAUAUCAGUAAAACUUCUAAUAUUUUCUUUAAGAACAUUCACCAAAAAAUCUUUUUUUUGGUGAAUGUUCUUAAGAAACAUCUUUUUAAAACAUUUUUUUUUAACCAAAAAAUGUUCAAAAAUUGCCCAAAAAUGUUGAAAAUGUGGACAUCAGAAGGUUUAGUGUGAAAUUAGAUAUUUUUUCCCCACAUUUUCAAACUUUAAAACGGGUCAAUUUGAUCGGCAGGACGACACGAGAGUUAAAUAUCACAGCUCACAUUGACGAUUGCACUUCAGAAAGAUGUUGUGUGAGACAUGUGCCCUGCGACUGCAGUCCUAACUGUGUGUUAAUCUUGUUAUAGCACCUUUUUAAUGUUGUAUUCUCUCAGUUUGAUUUGCUGUAGCAACAAAUGCUGCUGAUUGUUUGGUUGUUAUUCCAACGACAUUAAAGUUUAAAUACCUAUAAAUUC